CUUCCCCUGCCCAUCCAUUAUUUACACAGUGACUGGUUUUCGUCACAUCUCUCUCUCUCUCUCUCUCUCUCUAUCUCUAUCUCUCCAAUUCCAUUGACUCUCUGUCUUCUACCUCUGGACAUUGUCAGCCUUCGCUAUUUGGAAUCGUUUUUCAUUUCCCUUGAUCAUUCAGGCGUCGUUUGGGACUACAUCAAUUAUAUACAUACAUAUAUCCACAUCGAUAACCACCAUUAUAAAAAUUCGCCUUCGAUCUGAUUCAACAUUGUUAGGGUUUCUCAUUUCCCAAAUUUGUCGACACCAAUCGGCUAAUUUGAUCUCGUAUUCGUGUUCGAGUAUCUUAAGCCGGACCGUUCCGGUUCAACAUCGAUAGGUCUCCUUCAACAUACAGUGAAAACAUAAGCUAAUCGAUUGUUGGCCUUGUUUGGAUUGCGUUAUUAUAGGCUCGGUCUAGGGUUUUACAGGAGGGGGUGAGAUUAGGGUCUAUUGAGGGCCUUUUGUUCGUUAUUGUACUUUGAGAAUGUUGGGGGCUGGAUUGCAAUUCGGGCGAAGUCGUGGGGACGAUCGGUUUUACAAUCCGCCGAAGGGUCGAAGGAACAAUCAGAAUAAGCAGGGCCAAGAUCCUCUUCGUAGAGCUCAGAGCGACGUCACGGUUGUUAGUCACACGAAGGGAAAUUCAGUAAAAAGGGAGCAGGAAACCCGAGGCGGCGGAGCGGUGGAGACUCCUAAGCCGGUGGCCGAGCCGGCGUUAGAGCAGGUGUCGUCGCCUUUGUGUAAUCUUGGAAGGUUUUUGGAAUCGGUUACGCCUUCUGUUCCUGCUCAGCAUCCCUCGAAGACAUCUAUGAGGGGGUGGAGGACUUGUGAUGAGGAACUUCAGCCAUACUUUGUGCUUGGUGAUUUAUGGGAGUCAUUUAAGGAAUGGAGCGCUUAUGGGGCUGGAGUGCCAUUGAUUUUGAACGACAGUGACUCUGUGGUUCAAUACUACGUCCCGUUUUUAUCUGCUAUUCAAAUAUAUGUUGAUCCUUCCAAGUCUUCUGUGAAAUCAAGGCGACCAGGCGAGGACAGUGACGGUGACUAUUUCAGGGAUUCAAGUAGUGAUGGAAGCAGUGAUUCUGAACAAGAGAGAUGCUUGAACUUGAGAGAACAACAUAAUCAUCACCGUCAAAUAAGUGAGAUUCCUCAUAGAUUGGACGAAUUGUCUUUGAGAGAACAUGCUACCAUUCAAGAAGGCUUCUCUAGUGAUGAGGGUGAAUCUGGUAAUGCUCAAGGAUGCCUGAUGUUUGAGUAUCUUGAACGGGACCAACCAUACGGUCGUGUACCCCUGGCUGACAAGAUUUUGGAUCUAGCACUCCGCUUCCCUAAGUUGAAGACACUAAGAAGUUGUGACUUACUAUCCUGCAGUUGGAUUUCUGUUGCCUGGUAUCCCAUCUACAGAAUACCAGUGGGACCAACAUUAGAAGAUUUGAAUGCUUGCUUCUUGACGUUCCAUUCUCUUAAUACACCUGCAUCAGGUUCGCAACAUGCUCGGGCCCCCAUCGUGACUCAUCCAAGUGAGAUGGAUGGCGUCCCCAAGAUUUCGUUACCGGUAUUUGGUCUUGCGUCUUACAAAUUCAAGGCAUCCUGGUGGACCCCAAAUGGAGGAUCUGAGCGGCACUUGUUGAACUCGCUCUUACAGGCUGCUGACAAAUGGCUGACCAUGCUACAGGUCAAUCACCCGGAUUUUCUUUUUUUCUGCCGUAGACGAUGUUAGUGGACAACUUCCCUUCCGGUAUCCAAAGGAAAAUGUUAUACUCGUAUCAUGGAAGAAAAUAAAAAAAUAAAAAAAAAGCUGUGGUGAAGUUGGCAACUAUAACAAGGACUAUUGCAAAAAGAGUGGAGAAAUUAUAUAUAGAGUUGCAGGGGUGGGCUAAACCUGGGUAACCAACAACACGUUUCUUCUUGCUUUUUUUUUUUGGUGUGAACUUUCCUUUUAGUUGUAACAAUAGAUGUGAAUUAUGUGAGAACAGGCUCUUUUUUUCAGUCCUGACGUUCGGUGCUUAGGUUUUGAUGCCUUGUUUGAGUAAUUUUGUACAAGAGUAUCAAGUUGUAGCUUUUGCCUGAUGAUAUGUAUUACUAACUUUGGAUUGUUUCUGUUAAUGAACUGAUGUUUAGGUAA